AUGCUAACAUCUUCAGUAAAAUACCGAAAAUGUACUUAUGCCGCUUACUGUCCUUUGCAGGGUCCACAACUAUUCACUGAGAAUGAAAUGAGUAAGAGUCCUGAUGUGCGAUAUAUUUCUGAUGUGGACGAACGAUUAGGUGUAGCUGUGAGAUUAUAUGCGAUAGUGGAAAGUUCUAUGCAGAAAAUUAAAGCAGAAAUGCUAGUCGAGCACAUUCGUGCCAAAAUUUUACCUUUUGAUCGGUCAUUUGGCGAGCACCCUAUUAACAAUGUUGGAAAUGAUGCUCAGCUGGCCAGCCUUCUCGGUACAAUACUGACCUCAAUUGAACGACUCUCUUUUCAAGUGUGUAGAAAACAAAAAGAGGAAGUGCCGAAUAUUGCCAUUAUUAUAAUACGCGGGCGUCUUAUUCUCUGUGGCAUUUUGGGAGAUAUAGUCUUUGCUUUGCUGCGAAAAAAUUCUGACUCCUACGCGAGUAGAGUUGGCUCUCAACAGUACACGCUUUUCAGUAAUUGCAAUGUACCACAAACACUGAAAGGGAGCAAUUUUGCAGCAACGGACAACACUCUCGUAAAACUUUACAUACAUGAGAUGCAACCAUCAGAUUUGCGAUUUUUUGUAUUUACAAGAGAAUCAAUUCGAAUGCUAUUAAAAUCAAUUCCGUCGUUAACAUUAUUCACGAAAAGCUCUGACGAUAUAAUAUGGUCACUACAUUUAUGGCAGACGGAGAUGUACUCAAAGAAUCCACAAAAAGUACCUGCAGCUGGCUUUCUACUUGUUGAUAACUUAUCAAAAAUGAUUGCUGAUAGCGAUGUAUGUUUGAAACAGAACUUUGCUGAAAAUUUGCUGAAAAAGAUCAAAGAAGAACAGUCCCAAGAGAAACAAACAAGAAGAGAACAGAGGUGGAAGAUGCUGGAAAGUAAACUGGCUGCUGAAAUGAACAUUUCCGAGAAAUCAGAAGACUCAACAAAUCAACGUACUGUGUACUUACAAACGAAGUUAAAACAGAUCCAAGCAACGUACACCAGAAUAAAGGAGCUUGUCAAUAAAUUACUUCAUGAAGAAAGAAAUGAAAUGUUGGCUUAUAUGAAGCGUAAAGAAGAAGUUUUGAAUUUAGAAAAGGAAUGUGAGCAACAAAAGGCAUUGCAAGAAAAAGUACUGAGUUUACAAGAGCGACAAAGGAAACAACUGGCUGAUUUGCGGGGCUUUUUGCGUAAAUUCCUGAAAUAUCAAGAUAUUGUGCGGUGUGAACUGCUGAUAAAUGUUGAAAAACUAGAACAACGGUUAGAAACGAUGAAAUUUGAAAACAGUGAAAUUCAUUUGCGAAAUAUAUGCCGUUAUCAUCAACGAAUGCUACGUGUAACAUUGUUCCAGAACAAAAUUGAACAGAAUUUGGAAAGUUUAGAGAAGCAAAUGCAAGAAACAACUAGGAAUAGUUGUAGAAUGCAGCGGAAGUUAGAAACACUCAGAUCACAGCUUCAACAGAAAAAACAAUUGGUUAAACCAAUACAGGAAAUUAGACCAAUAUCGGGACAAACUUACUGCAGAAGUGGUGGCGCACAACGAAAUUUUCACGUAGCAGCAAAUAGGCAAUUCCAUUAUGGUGAUGAGUUUCAACGGCACCAUUGGCGCCGACGGUCAAAUAGCGAAGUAUUGUGGAAAAAUAAUUGUGAAAGAAACCAUAAACCAAUCUGCUAA